AUGUUUCAGAGCGAUCUAACAUUAACCUCCUAUCAAUUACUAGAGGAUAUUGAGUGUCCAAGCGAAUUGAUCGAUGUUGACGACGAUAUUACUUUCACACAAUUGAAUACAAGUUUGGUGCUUGAAAAAUCACGAAUUGGUGUCGAUCGUCUCCCUAUCGUUGGUGACGAUCUUUCUACUCCUCAAGUUGAAAGCCGACCAUUCGUCAAUGAAGACUAUAUAACGAAUCAAAUGGGCCUAGAAUCAACCGGACCAUUAGAAUUGUCAUUUGAAAAUCGAGCAUCACUAUCAUUGCAACGGAACCGUUUUCCAUCCCAAAUGAGUAUAAAUUCUUCCGAAUCACAUACUCCGAGAUCAGCAUCACCACCGACAUUUUUCUCACCAACAAUCUCUAUCAAUAAAUUUACGAAUGGUGACAUGAAGUCAUCAACGAAAAAUAUGCGAGAAGAUAAUAAAGUUAAAGCUGAAGAAAGAGCAACGCGUCCUAAGAAACCAAAACCUCCGUCAAUACGAGAGCUUCAAAAUGCUCCAAUACCAAGUCGGUCCCCAAAACUGAAACCUCCUUCAAAAUCACAAAUGAUGAUGGAACAACUAAAAGCAAGUAUCGAAGCGGACAAACAUAAGCCAAAAAAGGAUAUUAAAUCAAAGCUAAGUGAAAUCAUUAAUGUCAGUUUACCAAAGCGAAAUGGUAGUAAUGAAAAUGAAGGUCGAUUGGAACCACUUAAAUAA